AUGCUGCGACAAGAUAUUCACCGCGUCGACCCCAAGCGGCGCACCGUCAUCGAUCCCCGGCGCAGGCAGUUCGCGGCCGCCCAGUACAAGGAGGCCGAGUACAAGUACCGCCUCAACUUUUACGCGGACCCCCCGACGGCGGACAUAACUCUCGAGCAGUUUGAGCAAUGGGCCAUUGACCGACUUCGCGUCCUCGCCGAGCUCGAGGCGUGCUCGUUCCGCAACAAGUCGCCCGCCGAGACGGCCUUGCACAUGAAGCCGAUCCUCGAAAAAUACCUGCCGCUCGACUCCAACUCGUCGUUGUCGACGCGGCUGGCCGCGCAGCGCCAAAAGGACCACUACAGCCACUUCAUCCUGCGCCUGGCCUUUUCCUCCACCGACGACCUGCGGCGCCGCUUCGCCCGCGUCGAGACGGCCCUCUUCCGCAUCCGCUUCGCCACCGACGACCUUGCCGACCGCGCCGCCUUUGUCGCCGACCUCGCCCUCGACUGGUGGCACCCCGUCUCCGACGACGAGCGCCGCCUGUACGCGGCUGAGCUCGCCGCCAUGACGAGCACCGCGGCCGGCAGGAAAACAGGCGCGGCCGCCGAGGACGAGGGCUGGUUCCGCGUUGAUUGGGAGCGCGUGCCCGAGCUGGUCGAGAGUCGCCGCGUGUUUCUCAAGGCCGGCAAGGCGUUUGUGCCGGUGCGCGAGCAGGCGAGCAUGGUCGUGGCCGAGUUUUCCACACGCCUGGAGAAGCAGCUAACGCUCACGGCCCGCGCCCUCCCCCGGCUCGACGAGGACGACCGCCUCACGCCGAUCCUCAACCACCUGUCCAAGAACUUCAUCACGCCCGACGCCGCGUACAUGUCGGGCUCGGGCGCGCCCGACGGGGCGACCAUUUCGGCGGCGCGCAUCGACGGCCUCGCGGCGCAGCACUUCCCCGCGUGCAUGGCGCACCUGCACCGGUCGCUGCGGCGCGACGCGCACCUCAAGCACUACGGGCGGCUGCAGUACACGCUCUUCCUCAAGGGCAUCGGGCUGUCCCUCGAGGAGGCGCUCGCGUUUUGGCGCGCCGGCUUCCACAAGGUCACCGACGACACGUUCAACAAGGAGUACCGGUACAACGUGCGCCACGCGUACGGCGACGUCGGCGGCGACUCGAACCGCCGCGGCGGCGGCUACAGCCCCUUUGGCUGCCAAAAGAUCCUCACCGAGCACCCCCCCGGCGCCGGCGACGCCCACGGAUGCCCCUACCGCCACUUUGACGCCGACAACCUGACGGCCCUCGUCCAGGCCAUGGGUGUCGCCGAUCGCGCCGUCCUCCAGGGCGUCAAGGAGGACAAGGACACGCAAAAGUACCACAUGGCGUGCAACCGCGUGUUUGAGCACCUGCACAAGCAGGAGAUCAAAAAGGCCAAGGACGAGGGCAUCAUGACGUCGAAUCAGCUCGAGACGAUUGUGCACCCCAACGAGUACUUCAAGCGCAGCUACCUGCUCAAGAACCUGGGCAAGGAGCCGGAUACCAAGAUGGAGGGUUGA